AUGAGCGGUUUCAAACCGCCAAAACGAAGACGUGAUGUCAACCCAGGCGUGAAGUCCUCCGCUGGGCCCGACGCCAAGCGUCUCAAGGCAUUAGCGAAGCCUGAUAUCGAGCCAGAAGCCAAGGUACUCAAGCCCUCCCGCGCAUCUCCUCCUCCCAAGGACGACUUCGACAUCGACGCGGCGGACGAUGCGCGGGAGUACAAAGCCGCGCAAGAGCUCGAGUUGAAGCGAGAAAAGGUUCGGACGGAGAACAAGGAGCGCAAGAUACGGGGUGAAAAGCCCCUCAAGAUGCCGUCCAAGUCGAAGCGCGAUGGUGCCUCUUCUCGCCAGCGCCAAGCCUCAAACUCGUCCGACGAGGACGACUCCUGGGCCGACCUGUUUCAGCCUCUUGACACUCGCGAGUUGCGAUACGAAGGUCAAAUCCUUCUUCCUUUCAACCCCCUCGAGGAACUUGCAACGCUGGCCCCCGGCGUCGAACCGGACGAGAUCGCGCUUAAGCAACGCGCACUUGAGCAGCGUGGGUUGAGCCCGAGGAAGGCUCGCCUGAGUGGUGCAGCGCGGGCUCUCGGCAACGGCCUCCUCACAUUGGCUAAGCCUGACCCUCUGCCGUCCGCAAGCGCUGAAGCUGGUGCUAAGCAGAAGGAUAUCAAGCCUUUCCUUUCCAGCAGCGAGCCUGAUGUGCCGGACGACGUCUCACCUGACGCCAAGCCUAAUCUUACCUUGGGCGUUGACUACAAGCCGUCCUUCGGUGCGCUGCAGGCCGCCAUGACUUCCUCAGCAAACGGAGGCGAUGGUGUUGAGGAAGAGGAAGAACAGGAGGACUACAGUGAGGAAGUCGUCGUCGCGCCCUGGGGAUCUAAUCGGCCUGCUCUAUCCAUAAACGGUCCUGCCACGGACAACGAGGAGUCGGAAGAAGAGAUCUACUCGGAGGACGAGGUCGAGGAAGCCUAUUCGGGUGACGAGCGUGCGAGUUGUGAGGAUCUGUACUGGCCCUUUUUAACCGCAGCCCUGCCGGUAGCUUCUAUCACGAUCUCAAAAUCACAACCCUCAACGGGUUCGUCACAGGCCCAAUCUCGAUCGCUUGUGUCAGUUGACUCGAAGGUUCUGGCCGUCAAGGAGCGUCCGAGCUUUCCGUUCACCGACGAGCAGAGGAAGAUUGGGCCCUACGCCAUCGAUCAAGAAGAUCCAACGAUGGUAAUCCCAGCGCCCAUCAACCGGUUCCUCCGCAAGUACCAGAGAGAGGGCAUCGAUUUCCUUUAUUCAAAAUACAAGCAAGGAUACGGCGGUGUCCUUGGUGACGAUAUGGGGCUGGGCAAGACAGUGCAAUUGUCCGCCAUCAUGCGAAAGACUGGCACGUCUGCCGACGAAGGCCGUCGUAAAAGUCUCAUCCGUGGGGACAACGUGGAGAGCAUCCCCGCGAAACGGUGGCCAACGGCCCUCAUCGUUUGUCCGACAUCCCUCGUCGACAAUUGGGGCUUUUUCGAGUACAAAGUACUCCGCUCCAGUCUAGACAAAGGCGACAUCGAGACUCUGCGGCUUGGGUACCUGGACAUCUUGUUGACCUCGAAUGAGAUGUGCAUCAGGCAUGCCGAUGACCUGAAGACUGCUCCGAUAUCCGUCGUCAUCGUGGAUGAAGCCCACCGAAUGAAAAAACUCAACGGGCGUCUUGCUUUGGCAGUGAAGCGUCUGCGUGCAAAUGCUUGCUUUGCUCUCACAGGAACUCUCAUUCAGAACCGUAUGGAAGAGAUGUGGUCCAUCCUGGACUUUGUCCACCGCGGUUGGGCUGGCACAUUCAAGGAAUGGAGGGCGUACGCUGCAAAGCCUGUUACCCAAGGCCACCGACGCGACGGGACUCUACUGGAAGUAUGCAUGGCGAUCAAACGCGUCGGAGAGCUGAAGGACAAAGUCCUUCCGCACUUCUAUCUCCGCCGUGACAAGGGCCUCAUUGCCCACGAACUACCCCGAAAACUGGACAAAGUUGUUUUGUGUCCUCUCGCGAAGCAUCAGGAGGGUGUGUACAAACGCGUUGUGGAGUCUGAGGAUAUGGCGUUCAUCCUCAAGGCCAAGGAUCUCUGCAGCUGCGGCUCGGACAAGACCAGGAUAACUUGUUGCUACACCGAGAAUUCUCAAGGAGACGAUUAUCGUACCGCUAUCCUCAAGAUGUGUGUCGGCCUCCCGUACGACCCGAACGUCCACAACAAGAUCGAGGCGGCCCUUGAUUCAGACAACUGCGGUAAAUGGACUCUGCUGUCGAAGCUGCUCAAGGACUGGCGCUCCCGGUCCGAAGAGAAGAACAAAAUCCUUGUCUUCUCGAACUCGGUCCGCCUGUUAAAGAUGAUUUACGACUUUAUCAACACGUCACCAUCUCUGUCAGGAUUUGGCUGUGACUUGUUCACCGGCGAAGUGGACAAGGACGAGCGCAUGAGCGUCGUCGACCGGUUCCAGGAUCCAAACGGAGACCUGUCAAUCAUGCUCGUCAGCACAAUGGCAGGUGGCGUUGGACUCAACCUGACUGCUGCCAACAAAGUCGUCAUCUUUGAUCCCAACUGGAAUCCGGCCAACGAUCUGCAGGCAAUGGACCGCGCAUUCCGUAUCGGUCAGACUCGCCCAGUCGACGUGUAUCGACUCAUUGGUCAAGGCACUGUGGAAGAGCUCAUGUAUGAGCGACAGAUCUACAAGCAGCAGCGUUCACGUCAAAUGAACCAAGGGACGUUUGAACGCCGUACUCACGCCGGGUAUGAAGGGGCGACGGACAUGAGAAACCAGGGAGAGCUGUUCGGCGUGCACAACUUGUUCCGCUACUGGCCAGGCGGCUACGUUAAGGAUAAUCUAAACCGCAUCCGCGAGGACGAGGACCAGUUCCGGCUAGACAUGAUAGAGGCAGAGUACGAAGACGAGACGGACGACGAGGACGGUGUCGCUGCAGCGCGCAGAGCGCGCGACAAGCGGAGAGCUGCCGCGGCAGCUGAACACGAUGAAACAAGUCUGCUCUGCGAGCUUACCUCGGACGGCAGCGCGCCAGCGGACCACGAUGAGAACAUCCUGAGCAAGCUCGGUAUCUCAUCCAUGGAACACGACAAGGCGUUUCGCGACUCCCCCGAGGAGCGCGAGCUUUACGAGAAGGGUCUGGAAAUCCUCAAGCGCCAGCCCCAUCUCGCCACAAUGCUGGCUAACGAUGUCGCCCGGCUCCCGGCCGAGAUCCGGCCACAGAGGAAGGCGCGCAAGUCGGAGGACUCGAAGGAGCUCAAGCGUGAGCAGGUGGAGGAGCCGUGGAGGAACCGCUUCGCCGCUGGUCGCAUCCGUAAUCGCGGCAAGCUGCUGGUGGACUCUGAUGAUGAGUGA